AUGCUGGUGCCGCCCGACAUGCUGGGCGCCCACUCCCGGAUGCUCUACCAAGUGAACAAAUACGUGGGCGAAAAGGUGGCCUCUCGCCAGGCCACCAUCGCCAAAACCGUGCGCGAAGUGGCCAAAGUUGUGCAAGACGUCCUCAAGGAAGUCGAGGCCCAGGAACCCCGGUUCAUUUCGAGCCUCACGGAAGUCAACGGGCAUUUCGAGGGCCUCUACGUCGUCUCGCCCACGGAAUUCGAAGUCGUGCUCUACCUCAAUCAAAUGGGCGUGUUCAACUUUGUGGACGACGGCACGCUGCCCGGAUGUGCCGUGCUCAAGCUCAGCGACGGCCGGAAGCGGUCAAUGAGUCUCUGGGUAGAGUUCAUCACGGCUUCCGGGUAUCUGAGUGCCCGGAAGAUCCGGUCUCGGUUCCAGACGCUGGUGGCCCAGGCCUGCGACAAGUGUGCCUACAGGGACAUGGUUAAGAUGGUGGCUGACACUACGGAAGUGCGGCUGCGGUUGAGGGAACGGUACGUGGUGCAGAUCACGCCGGCGUUCAAGUGCGGCGGGGUGUGGCCGAGGUCCUCGGCCACGUGGCCGCAGCCGCAUAUUGCGUGGCCAUCGCCGCAUCUGGUGGCCAAGGUCAAGACUGAAGGUACAGUCACCAGUAUAUACAGUGCAAUAUACAAGUGGUAG